AUGUCUCUUCGAAGACUUCAUACAACUGAUACACCUUCUCUUGCGCCGGCCAAGAGCAGCGGCUUGCUAGUUCCACUGAUCGAUUCGCCUCUACCAUCUCCGGUCCUACCAUCGAUUAUCCCCAGUUAUGGAAAAAGACCACCAGGGUCCGGGAAACGUAAGGCUAUGCGCGUCUGCUUUUGGAGCAUGGUGAUUUUCAUCCUCGUCAGGAUAAUAUUUCUUCUCAACCUCAAAGCCAUCCCAGACAUUAUACAACAGUGGCUUUCGGAUCGGCAAACCUAUCUACCGUCAGAUGUGCUCCCAAACACCCCUGCGCCUAUAAAAUUGACGAACGGACAUGGUCGAGAAAAGUGGACGAUAUCUAUACCUGCUCAAAUGGGGUUUCCUUUGUCGCCUCCGCAAAUAACAGAUUUGUGCUCGCAUUGCGUUGAGAUGUCCAAGCAGCUUUCGAGUAACAAAUCCCAGCCCUUCGAUUACUCCCGUCCGGAUUGGGGCUUUGUGGAUAUAGCAGAAGCACGACUCGAUGAAUUUUCUUCAGUCAAACAGCCAUCAAAUGCAGACGACAACGAAAAUCCCAUCUGUGAGACCAGUCUCACUUUCGUGAUGCAAUCGGAAGACGCGGGACUGGGGAAAACAUUGAUGCAACUGUGGUUGAGUUACGGACUCGCACAAAGACAAGGUCGCAGCUUUUUCAUUGACGACACUAACUGGGCAUACGGAGAUUUCUCUUUGUAUUUCACACCGCCUUCAAAACCUGCCUGUCAUCCGCCGCCACCAUCACAUAGGCUACCAUGUCCCCUCCAGGCACGACAUUUAGUUGUCUCCUCGGCCAACUCCAAUUGGAUCUUUGGUGACAGUUUCAAGGAACGUUUUGGGAGCUCUCGUGGACCUGCCGCACAACAUCAAAAGGCGAUUUUCGAAAUGGCCCGCAGUGGAUACGAGGCGCUAUUCCGCCUCGUUGGGAACGAUGCCAAGUUUCUCGAGUAUCGCAUCCGCGAAUUAGACAGACAGGUUCGCGGUCAGGGUGGGCUUGAGAUCGGCCUUCAUGUGCGUCGAGGGGACCUUCAUCCACUAGAAGCCCAAUACAGAGACUCUUAUAUACCCCUCGACAAGUACGCCAACAGGGCAGAGACAUUGUUUGAUACUUAUCUAGCACAAGCAGCCGGCGAUGAAAUCUUGCAGCGAGCAAUGAAAUCAUAUUCACGCAUCAUCCUGGCUUCCGACGACCCAGAUGUAUACACAGCCUCUGAGCUAAAGGCGGCAGAGAAAGCUCAGAGCUACAUCUCUUUAGCAAGCAAAUCCGUUCUAGAUGCCGCACAAGAAGCGGACUCACGGCGCGGCGAAAACAGCGGCUGGGAAGGCGGAUUCUACAAGGACCUGUUCUGGUCGCUUGGAGUCAGCAGCGACUCAUAUUCCCCCAAGGACAGCCCGUUGCCAACGAACCAAGAACCCAAAAGCCCGAAGCUGGAUACUUCUCUCGACCAACUUCGUUUUCAGCCUUCACAGGAAUCCCUGAGCUUGCGAGAGUUGAUUGGGCGAGCGUAUCUGCUCGACUUGGCCGUCUUAGGUCAAAGUGACCGGGUGAUCUGUGGCAUAGGCAGUGCGUCCUGUCGUCUCUUGGCUGUGAUGAUGGGCUGGGAACAAGCUAUCACAAAUGAAGCAUGGCAAAAUGUAGAUGGGAGUUGGAAUUGGGCAUAUACAGCAUCCGGUUAA